UAUUCAGUAUUCAGUAGAGUUUCGAUCGCGUAGGAGCUCUCAAGCCAUAUAAAUGCGCGGCUGUUUGUUUACGUGACAGGCAAGCGGUUAAAUGGCUCUCUGUAAAUAAAAAUAAAUAAAAAAAAAAAACAAUUAGUCAACGUAAUUUCGAAAAAUAUAUUGCCAAUUUAACACUUGACAAAGUUAACAAAAAGUAUUUACAGUGCUUUAAUAAACAGCAACCGAUUACAAUGAGAAUAGUUUUAAACAAAAAAGUAUUAAUAUGGGCUGUGAUAGCUGCAUUGGUGGUAAUAGGCAUCACCCUUGGAUUAGUAUUUGGCUUGAAGAGCGAAAGCAGCAUCACUGCCGCCGUGGUAUCCAAUGGAAUCGGUUGUGCCGAUAUAGGCAGCCAAAUGUUGGAUGACGGCGGCUCAGCGGUGGAUGCUGCCAUUGCUACACUGCUUUGUGAAGGUGUCCUUCUACCACAAAGUAUGGGACUUGGCGGAGGCUUUUUUGCAACCAUCUAUACCAAAUCUACGCGUAAAGUUGAGACUUUGGUAGCACGUGAAACGGCACCUGCCGCAGCGCACAAGAACAUGUUUGUGGGUGAAUCAAAUGUUUCAGGCGCCCGAUCUGGAGCUGUACCUGGAGAAAUACUUGGUUAUUGGGAAAUGCAUCAAAAAUAUGGACGCCUUCCUUGGAAAUAUCUUUUUCAGCCAACCAUAAAAUUAUGCCAAGAAGGCCAUUGGGUUUCUAAAUAUCUUGCUGCGGCGCUCAAAUCCAAAGAGGACGAUAUCCGUAGCGAGCCAACGAUGGCAGAGAUAUUUGUGAAAGAAGAUGGUACAAUCUAUGUUGAAGGUGAAUACCUGAAGCGUCCCCAAUUGGCGAUUACGCUAGAAAAAAUUGCGGAAAAUGGCGCUGGAGAGUUGUAUGAUGGCGGAGAAAUCGGCAAAAUGUUUGUAGAAGAUAUUAAAGACUUGGGUGGGAUUAUUACUGAAGAAGAUUUGAAAAAUUACACGGUUCGUUGGGAUAACAAUAGCCACAUUGUAGCGAAUAUAACUGGUGGCUACACGCUCUACACAACUCCUCUACCAUCCAGUGGAGCUGUACUGGCCUUUAUGUUUAACGUUUUGACCGGCCUAUAUACCAACAGCACGGAGACAUACUGGCAACGGGUAAUUGAAACAUUCAAGCACGCCUAUGGGCAACGCACUAACCUAGGCGAUAUGGAAAUGGAGCCUGAUCUUAAAGAGUCUAUAGCGGAAACUUUAAACAACUUGAUAAGCCAAGAAUUUGCUGAUCACGUGCGCACAUUAAUCUAUGACAAUAGGACUUUUAGUAAUUAUGAUUACUAUGGAGCCAACUUCACAACUGUUGAGGAUCACGGAACAGCCAACAUGGCGGUAUUGGCAGCGAAUGGUGAUGCUGUGACUGUUACCAGUACAAUAAACAAUUAUUUUGGUUCUAAAGUUCGAUCCCGACGCACUGGUAUUAUUCUCAACGACGAAAUGGACGACUUUUCGACUCCAGGUAUUGUGAAUAGCUUCGGCAUACCCGCCUCACCGGCUAAUUACAUACAACCCGGAAAAAGACCCAUGUCGUCCAUGUGCCCCACCAUUGUAAUCGAUGAUGAUGGCAACGUGAAAAUGCUUGUGGGCGCUGCUGGCGGUAGCAAGAUCACCACUGCGGUUGCAAUGGCGAUCAUCAAAUACCUUGUUCUCAAUGAGUCUCUAAGUGAAUCUAUUAACGGUGGAAGACUACACCAUCAGUUGGCUCCAAUGCAAAUAGACAUUGAGCCCGCAGUCUCAACAUCAAUACGAGAGUAUCUCAGUAAAGUGGGUCAUAUACUAAAUGAGUUAGAGGAAGGAUCUGGAUUUGCCGCUGUCACUGCAAUCGGUGUGCGCGACGGUGUUCCAGAGCCAUUUUUUGAUCGACGACGUGUAGGAAGUGUUUCUACAUUAACUCUGCGAAAUAAAAUGAUUCAUUAAUUUAAGGACCUACUUAUACUUACAUAUAUACAUUAAAUUUUAGAGUAUAGAGCAUAGAGAAGAGUCACGAGACUUUGCUAUUAUUCUGUAAGAAUUCUUCCAAACACAUUAAGGUAGCUAUCGUAACUUAAGUAUUUAUUUGUGAUAAUAGAUUUGGCGAUGCAGAAUAUCGAUUAUUUGAAACGCAUGUAAGCUAGAACUCAAGGAAAAUGUCACAAGUGAGCAAACCUGUAAUAAUUGAAUUAUGCCAGUAGGGUUUUAAAUGUAAGAAAAAUUAGUUUGACAUAUAUUUACAUCCUUGACAGGUGCCUGGGUCAUAUCUCCCCUGCAUUUUUUGUGGUGAUUAUUGAUUUUUUCUAGAUUUUGGUGAUUACGCUAAUUACUGUAAAUAUUGUUUUUAUAGGUUUAAUAGGUUUAACACAUUGUUUUUAAUAAAACCCGAAAAGAAAAAAAAGAGAAAAUGAAAUACCCAAUAUUUAGGUCUUUUCAAUAAAUCAUUUGAGACUUGCAACUUUCGUUGAGCUUGAUUUUAACUACGAGUAAAACCGAAUUUAUUUACCAAAUUUUAUUAUAAAAAUUUGCACAAUGCGCACAUUGAAAGAAAAAAUAUAUGCCCCCUUCUAUUUAUUUGUUCAAGAAAUUUUUAUCGCUAAUAUGUACAUAUACUACUGUGGGCAAAAAGUAAGGUGAAUUUGG